AUGGGCAGGGAAAGUACUGAUCCUAGCCCCACGGUGGCGAGCUCUUCCAUCGCUCUACUGCAAGAGAGGUUCAGAGAGCUGCAGAGAGUGAAGCAGAGAAGAGAAGAAAGGGAGCUCAUGAGACUGUCUCUCGAGCCGGACCUGGCGGCAGCCCCUGUCGCGAACCCUGAUCGUCAGGCCAAAUUCCGUCUCCAACCCAGCAUGAGUUCAAGUUCUUCUCCUCAGGAUUAUUGCUCUCUCUCGCUCGGCCUCACGACUCACGCCAACAGCGACAAAGCCAGUUCAGGAGUAGCGAAGACCAAUCCUAGGAUGAGCUUAUGGCCUGGCAACGAUGGUCUGGCAAUUUCAGGAACAUCAAGAGGUUUUGAGAGCCCUGAUGUGGAUACGUCCCUCCAUCUGUAG